AUUAAUGGAAACUUUGGAGACAUUUAUAUUUGAGUUAAGAACGACUGACUACAUAGUACUUACUUGCACCUACCUACAUACAUACCUAGUAGUAGCGUAGUAACUAGCUAUUGGCAACUGCGCACAUAACCCCGCCAUCCCACCAACCCACUUUCCACAAUUCUUCACACAUCCUAUUCCAUCCCACCUUCCACCUCCCUCUGCCUCUGGUUGGUAGCAAACUCUUGUCCAAGUUGCGCAGCUACUCAGCUCCCUCUCCCUUACCAAAACAACUCGACAUAGAGAACUCGACAUAGAGAACUCGGCACUACAUACAGUAAUCAUGUCUGCCGUAGAAGAAUUGGCCCAGCGGGUCAAGAACGAUGCGAAGUCCUACAUCGACACUGAUGCAGGCAAGGACGACGAGACGGCUGAUGGAUCCGACUCGAAGCCCUACAAGUCACUGGCCUAUGCCUAUAUCCAGAACUUCGAGAAGCCUACCCCACUAUACCAAGUUCGAGCUUCUGUCACCGGCCCUGUUGCCGCUGAUGAAGACCCUUCUGUGCGAUUACUAUGGAAAGAACCUGCCAAGAGCGCCGUGAAGAAAGCUCAAGGAGCUCUCGAUGCGCAUAAGAAGAAGGUCCAAAAACAGCAGCAACAGGCUGCAGCCGAAGAGGAACAGAAGAAGCAAAAACUACAGAACCUCGAGGCUGCUAAGAAGAUAGUCAUCAAGCAGGAUGAGUCACUACCGAAGCCAAUACGAAUCAAGAUUAACCGCAAGGACAUUGAGCUUGGGGAAGGUGACAAGAAGGGCACGCGGGUUAAGGUCUUUGGAAGAAUCCACCGUCUACGAGUGCAGAAGCAGGCUACCUUCAUCACCUUGGUCGACGGCUAUGGACAAUUGCAGUGCAUAUUGGCUGCCGGCGACCUUACAAAGAAUUACGAUGCUCUAAUCUUUGCCCAAGGCACCUCACUCGCCCUAUACGGUGAAAUGAAGAAGGUACCCCCCGGACAGAAGGCACCCGAUGACCGUGAGCUGCAUGUCGACUAUUAUGAGGUUCUGGGUGCGUCACCUAGUGACGAGGAUGCCAUCACCAACAAGGUCUCUGCCCAGCAGAACCAAUGGGAUGCUCAGAUGCUUGACAACAGACACCUGGUCCUCCGAGGUGAAAAUGCUUCUGCGCUUAUGAAGAUUCGAGCGGCUGUCGAGGGAGCAUUUCAGAAGGUCUACGAGGACCUCAGCCUUACGAAAGUAUCUCCCCCGGCCCUCGUCCAGACGCAAGUUGAAGGUGGCGCUACCCUCUUCAGCGCACCCUACUAUGACGAAACGGCCUACCUUACUCAGUCAUCCCAACUUUACCUCGAGACCGUUAUUCCUAGCCUAGGAGACGUCUACUGUAUCGAGAAAUCUUUCCGUGCAGAGAAGAGCCUGACGCGCCGUCAUCUUGCAGAGUACACUCAUGUGGAAGCUGAGCUAGAUUAUGUCGAUUUCAGCGAGUUGUUGGACCAUCUAGAGGAAGUCAUCUGCCGUGUUAUUGAUAUUGUCCUGGCCAACCCAACUAUCGCAGCCCACCUAAAGGAGCUCAACCCUACAUUCCAGAAACCAUCUCGUCCCUUCAUGCGCAUGAAGUAUACAGAUGCGAUCGACUGGCUCAAUGCACAAGAUCCUCCCAUUUUGAACGAAGAGGGCACUCCCCACGUGUUUGGGGACGAUAUCGCGGAGGCAGCUGAGCGCAAGAUGACAGACAUCAUCAACCGACCCAUUUUUCUAACGCAUUUCCCGGUCGAGAUCAAGGCCUUCUACAUGAAGAAGGAUCCCUCCGAUCUUCGGGUGACCGAGAGUGUGGAUUGCCUCAUGCCCGGAGUGGGCGAGAUAGUUGGCGGUAGCAUGAGAAUGGAAAACUACGAGGAGCUGCUGGAGGCAUACAAGAAGCAGGGGAUUGAUGCCAAGGACUACUACUGGUAUACUGACCAGAGGAAGUAUGGUACCUCACCGCAUGGUGGAUACGGUCUCGGAUUGGAGCGGUUCCUCGCCUGGAUUGCCAACCAACACACCGUCCGCACCACCUGCCUGUAUCCUCGCUUCAUGGGACGUUGCAAGCCUUAAGCGGUGAAGCAGAUAUUUCGGUCUA